UGCAAAAAAAGCUGUGGACAGUUCGAAGCUGUGGUGGGAAUUAGAUUUUCUUCAGAUUCGAGGGGAGGACAAACACAUGGGAAGGGAAGGAGGAACCGAGGUGUGGCAGGAGAUUCUUGGAAUAAACUGAGGAAGACAGGGAUCCAGGCAACUGUGCGAGUGCUCGAAAAGGCUUCUAACUAUGGAAGGACCUGAAAGGCCAAGGUUGGCCAACUCCAUUGACUUUCAGUUUGGAGCUGUUACCAGAGAGACCAUCGAAAAUGCUCUGCUUCACUUGGCCCAGCAGAACGAACAAGCAGUGCUGGAGGCUGCAGGACGGAUGGGCAGCUUCAGGGAGACCCGGAUCGUGGAGUUUGUUUUCCUCCUGUCUGAACAAUGGUGUCUGGAGAAAUCUGUGAGCUACCAGGCCGUAGAAAUCCUAGAAAGGUUUAUGGUGAAACAGGCAGAGGACAUCUGCAGGCAAGCCACAAUCCAGCUGAGCGGUAAUACAACAGAGGUGCAGAACUGGAGGGCUCGAAAAGAGCAGCUUUUCAACAAGUUUAUCCUCCGUUUGGUGUCAUGUGUUCAGCUGGCCAGCAAACUUUCCUUCCACUACAAAAUAGUCAGCAACAUUAGAGUUUUGAAUUUCCUCCAGGCUCUCGGCUAUGUACACACUAAAGAAGAACUCCUCGAUUCAGAGCUUGAUGUUUUGAAGUCUCUGAACUUCCAAAUAAAUCUGCCCACUCCUCUGGCCUAUGUGGAGAUGCUCCUUGAAGUUUUAGGGUACAAUGGCUGUUUGGUCCCAGCCACACAACUACAUGCAACUUGCCUGACCCUCCUUGACCUGGUCUAUCUUCUCCAUGAACCCAUCUAUGAGAGCCUGUUGAGGGCUUCGAUUGAGAACUCAACUCCUAGUCAGCUGCAAGGGGAAAAGUUUAUCUCUGUGAAGGAAGACUUUAUGCUGUUAGCAGUUGGAGUCAUUGCAGCAAGUGCUUUCAUCCAGAACCAUGACUGCUGGAGCCAGGUCAUAGGGCAUUUGCAGAGCAUCACUGGCAUUGCCUUGGAGAGCAUUGCUGAGUUCUCUUAUGCAAUUCUGACUCACAGCGUGGGAGCCAACACUCCCGGGCAGCAACAGUCCAUUCCUCCCCACAAGGUAGCCAGAGCUCUGAGGACUACUGCUGCUCCUAACACAUGAGGCCAACCCCCUCCACCCUCCGCCUCUACCUCCACACUCCUCCUUCUCCUCCUUUACUCCCAUCCUCUGGGCACAGAAGUUCCAAGUUUUGUUCAAAAUGUAUUUUGUAUUCCAAUUUCAUGAAGUUUUUCUACAACAGAGAUAAGUUAUGGUGGACAGACAUGCCCUUUUUUGUUAUGUCAGAGUUGGAAGGCGUGAGCUUCAUGAAACUGGUUCAUUUGUGUUUAACAAGACAUUUGUAAUUUCUCUCUAAUCUAUUGAUGGGAAUAUCAGCUAUAGAUGUAAGUAUUAACCAGGGUUUUAAAACAGACUGUCUGGAUGCCCUGGCUGAAGAUCAUGAUGUAGCUAUAUUCCCUAGUUUAGUAUCUGUUCUGUUACUGUGACCUAAACAGGCUUCUCCAUAGCCAUUCUCACUAUCUUCUUAAACUAGAAUUAAACCAUUUCCAUGCAUGUUUCAGCAGAAUUUAUACAUAACUGACAGAACUCUUCUAGAAUACAAAAUACUCAACUUUAAAGAAAAACUCACCAGUGCACCUCUGAGUAAUUAACAGACUGUAGCAAAUCUUUUAUUACAAAUAAUUAAAUCUCUCCAUGUCUCAAACGGUAUCAAACACCACUUCAAAACUCUACCACAUAGCAGAGGAGGCAGUCAAUACUAGACUGAGUGAGAAAGUUAAAUUUCCAGCUUCUGAUCCUACUACAUGGUGACCAGGCAGAGCUUCCAUGUCAUUUCCCAUGUUAUCCAACUGUGUGUCUCAAACAUUAUCUCAUAACUUUCUGUUUCAUAUUUUAAAUGCAGAAAGUU